CCCAAAUUUGUUUCACCGGAAAUGAAAAUGAUUCUGCGGCUCCUUCUCCCCCUCCUUUAGAUUUAGGGUUCGUCUCAGAGUAAUUAUUGGUGAUGGAAGUUUUCUUUAUUUCUUCAGCUGGCGAACUCUCCCAGCCCACAAUAUGUUAUUGAUCUCCAACUCCCCGCAGGUAAUUAGGGUCUCUCAGAAAAGAAUACAGGAAUUUUGGUACAAAUUCAAUUUCCUUACUUGAGCUGGUUUCCAGGAAUCAACUAGCUCCGAUCAAUAACUAUUUAUUUUUUAAGUUAUGAUGGCGAUGAGCAUCAUACAACCCCCGCAAAUUGGCUGUGGCAGCGAGCCAAAGCAGAAAAGAGCCUAUACAAGAAAAGACUGUGGUGGUGAUACAACAAAUACGUCAACAGCGAUGACAAAAAGAAAAGAUUGCGGUGAUACAAAUACUUCUACAGUGAUGGAGAAGAAGAAAAGACCUUGUAAAAGAAAAGAUUGUGGUGAUACAAUAGAUACACCAACCAUCAUGGAGAUAAAGAAGAAAAGACCGUAUAGAAGAAAAGAUUGUAUUAUUGGUGGUACAAUUACUCGAACAGCGACGGAGAAAAGAAAAGAUUGCGCUGAUACAAAUAUUGUUGGAUUAACUUCAACAUUGAGGCUAAGAUAGUCUCUAACAUGUUUGGUUAGAAUAAGGAAAGCCUAGCAUGUAUUCCUAAAGGGAAUUAGGUUCCAACUAGUUCUAAGAAUAGGAAAUACAUGUAGUAAAGGACAAGAUUAGGAAAUUGAUGUAAUCAUAAGGGAAUUAGAAGUCAUCUAGUUCUAAGAAAAGGAAAGACAUGUAAUAAGAUAAUAAGACUAGGAAAAGGAAUUCAUAGUUCUAUAUAUAUAUGAUCACCAAAGUUGUGGUUGAUCAUAAUAGCAAGAUUAAAGCUUGUGUUUAGUUUUGAGAGAUUUUCUAAACAUCAAUAAAGAGAGUUGUCUUUAUAUAAGCUAAGUUUCAUCUUGCAGUUGCCAUUAAAUACUUCUACAGUGGCAGAGAAGAAGAAAAGACCUUGUAAAAGAAAAGACUGGUGAUAUAACAGAUACGCCAACCGUGAUGGAGAUCAAGAAGAAAAGACCACGUAGAACAGAAGAUUGUAUUGUUGAUGGUACAAAUACUCCAACCGUGAUGGAGAUCAAGAAGAAAAGACCAUAUAGGAGAAAGAAGUGCCUUCCUCAUGAUUUGAUUGUGGAAGAAAUAUUAACCAAGCUUCCAGUCCCGACACUGCUAACGUCUGUUCUGGUAUCCAAACUCUGGUAUGACUCCAUUCAUAAUGAUCCUAAACGCUUAACUUAUUCUCAUUUCCUUGAGUCACAGAAACAGCCCCGAGUUAUCCUUAGCCUUUUAAAUGUUAUGGCUGGGGUUGUUAAAAACACAGGCGAGCCUAGGUAUGCAUGUCACUUCUUCAAAUUUACUACUGGAAUGCACUCUCAUGAAAAUUCUCUGAAGUUUGACAAGUUUCGGGGUAGUCUUGCUAAUCGUGAUAUUUGGGAACUGGUUGGUUACUGCCGCGGUCUACCUUGCAUGGCACAAGUGGGUAAUUACUCAACUGGCUAUAUAAUUUUGGACCCAAACAGGCAAGAUUUUAUCUAUAUCUUUUAUCCAGCCAUAGUUGGGAAAUGCAUCUCGGACGCCUACAUCAUCUGUCACGGAUUUGGGUUCGAUCCCUCAGCAAACAAGUACAAGCUGGUGAGUAUUUUUGGUACUACUCAAAAGGAGCUUAACGUUGUGGUAUUUACAUUGGGAACUAAAUCAUGGAGAAAUAUCACCGCCUCAACCACCUCUUUAUCAGCUCAUGGCGGUCGUCCUAUUACAAAGAUAAGAGCGCCCACGGGUAGUGACAAAUCAGCCAUCUUAUGUACUACUAGUGGCAGCGGUGGAUGCUUGGUCUGGAAGAUGAUAGCAACUUUGGGGGGAGCAGGAUCUAACCAUAUCCAACAUGAUGGUGGUAAUGCUGUUAAUAAUAAUGAGAUGGAGAUGUUACUGUCGUUCAAUCUCCAUGAUGAGAAGUUUCAGCUCAUUCAAUUACCGGCUAAAAGUACAACUGACGAGCAACAGAAGCACUUAUUUGUUGAUUACCCUCAUCUUCUGGGGUUCAAGGGAUCACCUUGUAUUGCACGUGUCGAAAAAAAUCAGGGAAUGGAAGUGAUUAUCCUCAUCGUUGCCGUGAUGAUCAUCAGGGUAAUAGUGGUAGUAGUAGUUGCUGCUGUUGUUGUAAAGUUCAUUUGUACGCGUUGAUGGAUAAUGUCAAGCAAGUGUGGGUGAAGGAAGAGAGUUUUGAUGUUCGUGUAAAUUCUAGUCCCACAUGGUUAAGGAAGCUGGCACCAGAUCCCUGCUGUUUUUGCCUCAGCGGGACUACUACUACACCUCCUACUCGCAUCUUCAGUUUCUCGGAUCAGAUGUUACUUUACUGGUUCAAUGGGGGAUCUCUUCAAGUUUACAACUUACGCUCUGGUAAACUUCAGCUUGUAAUGCCUACCGAUUGUAAAGAGAAUGCCAUCUUUGAAGCUAAAAUGAAAGAACCGCGGCACAUCUUUAAUUCCAGUGAUGAUGAUGAUAUUUAUUGCUCAAAAAUGGAUUAUCAGCUGCACUGUCAUGAGGAAAACUUUCUUUCUCUAGAAACCUUCAUACCAGAAGGAGCGGCAGGAGUUGGUGCUUUCGAUUUCUUUGAGUUAGAUUUGGAGAGAGUGGACCGUCCAUGUUCGGCAUACGUGUUUAUCAACAGAGGUUCAGAAGUGUUCUAUCCUUGUUUUAAUUAGUACCUGUGUAUUAACUUAUCUUGGUAAUUGUCAUUAGUUUACUA